AUGUCAUCUUCACGACCUAAGUUAAUAUCACUAGAUGCAUUUGCUAAAACUGUUGAGGAUGCAAGAAUAAAAACAGCAUCGGGAGGAAUAAUAACAUUAAUAUGUAUAUUAGUUGCAUUGAUAUUAAUAAGAAAUGAAUAUAUUGAUUAUACAACAAUAAUAGCAAGACCUGAAUUAGUUGUAGAUAGAGAUAUAAAUAAACAAUUAGAUAUAAAUUUAGAUAUAAGUUUUUUAAAUCUACCUUGUGAUAUGAUAACAAUUGAUUUAUUUGAUGAAACAGGAGAUAUAAAAUUAGAUAUUAUAAAUUCUGGAUUAGAAAAAUAUAGAAUUAUAAAAACUAAUGGGAAACCAGAAGAAAUAUUAGAUGAUCAACCUGCAUUAAAAAGACAAUCACCAUUGAAUGAAAUUUGUGGAGGAAUUAAUGAAGGAGAAGAAGGUCAAAAAGAAUGUGGAUCAUGUUAUGGAGCAUUACCACAAGAUAAAAAUCAAUAUUGUUGUAAUUCAUGUUCUGCUGUACGUAGAGCUUAUGCAGAAGCAAAUUGGCAAUUUUUUGAUGGUGAAAAUAUAGAUCAAUGUGAAAAAGAAGGAUAUGUUAAAAGAUUAAAACAAAGAAUAAAUGAAAAUGAAGGUUGUAGAGUUAAAGGAAAUACCAAAAUAAAUAGAGUAGCAGGAACAUUGGAUUUUACUCCUGGUUUUUCAAUGACCAAAAAUGGAAAACAUGUUCAUGAUUUAUCAUUAUUUAUGAAAUAUGAAGAUAAAUUUAAUUUUGAUCAUAUAAUAAAUCAUUUAUCAUUUGGUAAUAAACCAAAUAGUGAAAAUGAUUAUGUUUCUUUAUCUACAUUAGAUGGUCAUUCAUUUUUAGAACAUAAAAAAUAUCAUAUGAAUAAUUAUUAUUUAAAAAUUGUUUCAACAAGAUUUGAAUCAUUAAAUAAUAAAGAAAAAUUUGAUACUAAUCAAUAUUCAGUUAUAACUCAUGAUAGACCAUUAAUAGGAGGAAAAGAUGAUGAUCAUCAACAUACGAUUCAUGCAAGAGGUGGAGUUCCAGGUGUUGCUUUUAAUUUUGAUAUUUCACCUUUAAAAAUUAUAAAUAGAGAACAAUAUGCUAAAACAAGAUCUGGAUUUAUAUUAGGAGUUGUAAGUUCAAUUGCUGGUGUUUUAAUGGUUGGUGCUUUAUUAGAUAAGAGUGUAUUUGCUGCUCAACAAGCUAUAAAUGGGAAAAAAGAUAUAUAA